AUGGGUGACAAUAAUUCAGAUGGUAUACAAAUAUUGAAGACUCUACUUACAGCUGAUGUACCUGCCGAAGGAUCUGUAAUACAAUCUAUUAGAAAUGUAAUACUCUUAUCUAAUUAUAGAAAGUGAAUUCAUUACUCAAUAACAAAUAAUAGAUUUCCAUUUUAUAAGAAUUACAAUAAGCGUAUUAAUCAUUACUAUUUCUUUUUUUAGCAAUCUUGAUAAUGAAUUUAAAGAAAUGACUGAUAAUACACUUAUGGGAUUAAAUGCUAUUUAUUUUUCAUCUGUCAUACUUACUUAAUUUAUGUUUACUCGAAAAGUAAGUAAAGUUGUUUUCCUUCUCAGUUGUGCUUAUUUUAACUUUUAUAUCAUUCAACCAAUUGAAGUCGAGUACAAAUUACGUAAAUUAUCUUUACAAAAUACUCUUGCAGGAUAAGAAGUCAGAAAUCUAUAUAGAUUUUAUUUCAAAGAUCAUGAUUUUACUAAGGAAAUGACAGAAAAAUGCAAAUUGUAUACAUAAGCUGAUGAAAUUAAAAAAUAAAUUUAUUCCAGAAAAUUAUGA